AUUUGAAUUAAAGGACAACAAUUUGCGCACACGUCAGGUCAAAAACGGUAUAAACAAGAUGUCAAACACGUCUGAGAUUUUAGAUAUCGGAGGGGCUAUUCAGGAAGACGAGAAUCGCUUGGACUCCCUUCAACAGAUUGCUGUUUUGAUGCUAAUUGUGUUUUCGGUAAUCGGGGUUACCGGAAACGCCCUUGUUUUAUAUGGUUAUUCCAGGUUAAAACCAAAAAAGACUUCAUCGAUAUACAUAUUGACUUUGGCGGGGAUCGAUUUUACGACCUGUCUGGUAACAAUUCCUGCUACAGUUGCUGUGGAGAUAGUAGAAUUUAGAAUGCCUUAUGAUUUUUUGUGUAAAGCUUAUCACUUUCUGUUGCAAACAACUAUUCCCUUUUCCACGUUUGUGAUGGUAGCUAUUGCUGUGGAUCGUUACUACUGUAUAUGUAGGCCUUUCAUACAGAUGCAGAUUAUGACGAAAUCUAGGGCCAAAAUUAUAAUGUUUUCUUUAGGUAUUCUUGCUCUUUUUAUUGGUUUCGUAGGCUGCUUGAAUUUUGGUUUGGUCAUGUUCGAUGACACAGGAACAUACAGAGAGGAACUAAAUAUUACACUUGUGAUGCAAUCCACGACAGAUGUUUUCAAUGGGGCGCUUCAACUGAAAGAAAAAACAAAUUUAGCCCCAGAGCCCCUUUGCGGAAAUCCACGGAUAUUAGGAGAUACAUUUUACAGAGUGUAUAAUACAAUAUACGCAUCAAUUUACGCGACGUGUGGAAUUGUAGUAAUCAUCCUGUAUGUUGUAAUUUACCGCUUCAUCCGUACUCGCAGACAACGACUAAGAACCGAAUCUUCCCUUAGUUGCACAUUCAGUAAAAUGCCAUUUGGUGAAAGUGGACGUACUGAUCUUAUUUGCGUUAGUCAGAAAAUGCAAAACACGUGUGUGACCGAGGAAAUCAACAAUGACGCAAAUUUGAAUUGUCACAUGUUAAGACCAAAUAACGAAGGUUCUGAAUCUAAAACGCCGAACAACGAAACCAAACCAAAGCCACGACAGAAGAAAAAGAAAAAUUACAGGAUAUCGAAUACAACAUCUACUUACCGACAACAUCAAGAGCGUAUUCGUGAUGAUUACAUCAAGACAACCCUGACGUUGUCUUUUGUCGCUUAUAUAUACAUUGUAGCGUUUCUACCAGCUUGGCUAAUGAAACUUGAGGCUGUCCGCUUCAACCUGAUUGUGUUCUAUAUGUACUUCACUUACAACGUAGCUAAUCCUUUCAUUUAUGCAUUCAUGAACCCCGAUUUUCGUAGGAAAAUUGCAAUAGUUGGUACUAGAAUCAAAAAUCGGUGUAAAAAGUGAUUUCGCAGCGAUGGUGCUCAAGAUUUGCUAUAAAAUAUAUCCUUUUAAUCAGCGAUCAUGCAUUAUUUUGGUCAACAUUUUUCAAUCAUAACAUACAAUUCCCGAAAUAUGAGUAACGUUUUAAGUGCUAUGUUGCAACCACUAUUGAAAUAAUUUUUUUUAAAUAGUGGUUGAGAGUGCAUUUCAAUAAUAACAAACAUAGUAUUGAUAUUUAA